AACUACAUCAUGAAUUAUGUUACAGAGUUUCUUUCAGGUUUAAAUAAUGGGUGUUAAUUGACUUCAGAAGUUGUUGCUUGACUUUUGAGGUUCAUAAAUGGAUAUUGUCUUCAUAUAUGUGCUUGUACCAGAUCUCCUCCAGCAUUAUACUUCUGGAGUUUUAUACAAUAUGUUCCUGGAGUCCAAGAAAACAUCCUUGUAUGGUUUGCUUAUUUUUGUUCUUUUGUUUGAAACGUGUAUUUGUGAAGGAACCGAUCUUAUCACCACAGGUCAGACUCUCUCUGGAAAUGAAACAAUAUCAUCCGCAAAUGGGACAUUUGAGCUAGGUUUCUUCACGCCAGGUAAGUCCCGGAACUAUUACAUUGGCAUAUGGUAUAAAAAUUCUGCUAAUAAAACUGUUGUUUGGGUAGCGAAUAGAAACCACCCUGUUUCAAAUCCUUACAAUUCAGAACUAAAGCUCUUCCCAAAUGGAAAUCUUGCUCUACUAAAUGAGUCAAGAAUUCAAAUUUGGUCCUCAAAUUCCACAGCAGAAAAAGAUAAUUCAUCUUUAGCCAUCCUUUUUGAUAAUGGAAAUUUUAUGACGCGGGAUACUCAAGAUUCGUCUAAUAUCAUAUGGCAAAGUUUUGAUUAUCCAACAGACAAUUGGCUUCCGGGUGGUGGAAAGGUUGGAUAUAACAAAAUUAAAAAGGAAAAGAUUUAUUUAACUCCUUGGAAAAAUGCAGAAAAUCCUGCCCCUAGUAUUUUCUCACUUGAGGUGGAACCAAAUGGAACGAGUCACAAUUUGUUCUACAAUAGAACAAUACAAUACUGGUCUACUGGAGACUGGACAGGAAAAAGUUUUGUCCUUGUUCCAGAAAUUGACCGUAACCCUUUAAUCUCAAAUCUUCAAUACAUUACCAAUGUCAAUGAGAGUAAGUUCACAUAUGACAUUGGUAUUCCUAAAGUUCUCACGCGCUUUAUGAUUGACACGACGGGACAGCUGAAGCAGUUCAUAUUCCGAGAUGGCCAAUGGAUUUCAUAUUGGACGCGGCCAGACCAAUGUGAAGUUCUAAAGUAUUGUGGUGCUUUUGGGAUAUGCAAUCAGUUGAAAGCGCCUUUCUGUACUUGUUUGAAGGAGUAUGAACCAAAGGUGUCAAAAAACUGGGCACUAGGCGAUCAUACUGAUGGGUGCAUUAGACCAUCUUUUAGAUGUGGAGUUGGAAAAGGAAAGGACAAGUUUUAUUCAAUAAAGAAUAUGCGAUUUUCAUUUCAGGAUGCAGGGGAUUCACACUCGUUGGAUGUUGAGAGCGAUAAAGAAUGCAAGUCUGCUUGCUUGAGUGAUUGUUCAUGCACUGGUUAUGUGUUUAAUGGUGGUAAAUGCGUGGUUUGGAAUGGAGAGGUGUAUAAUUUACAAGAACUGGCUUCUGAUGACAGCAGAGGAAGUGUUUUUCAUGUUCGGAUUACUAAAUCUGGAAGUGACAGAAAGACUAGUGUUUGGAUUGUUGUGGGAGCCAUCGGAGGGUCCUUUAUUUUGCUUGGCAUGGUAGCAAUGGUUAUAUUGCAGCUGAGGAAACAAAAAGUGGGAAGAUAUAAUGGGGCAGAAGGGGAUCUGACGUUAUUCAAGUACAAAGACAUCAGUAAAUCUACCAAAGACUUCUCAGAAAAGCUGGGUGAAGGCGGGUUUGGAACAGUUUUCAGAGGGACUUUACCAAAUUCCAGAGAUAUAGCAGUUAAAAGGCUGAAGAAUUUGAAGCAAGGAGAGAAGCAGUUCCGCACAGAGGUGAGCACAAUCGGGCAAAUUCAACACAUCAACCUUGUUCGCCUUCAAGGAUUCUGCAUAGAAGGUGAAAAAAGACUUUUAGUUUUUGAUUACAUGAAGAAUGGUUCGCUUGAAAAUCACUUGUUUCGCCAAAAUUCUGAUGUAUUUCUAGAUUGGAAAGCAAGGUACAACAUCAUGAUUGGAACUGCUAGAGGAUUAAAUUAUCUCCAUGAAAAAUGCAGGGAUUGUAUCAUACAUUGUGAUAUUAAGCCUGAUAACAUUUUGUUGGAUGAAGAGUUUAAUGCCAAAGUUGGUGAUUUUGGCCUAGCCAAGCUUCUUGGCCGAGAAUUCAGCCGUGUAUUGACAACAAUAAGAGGAACAAGAGGAUAUCUUGCACCAGAAUGGAUUUCAGGCGAGGCCAUCACUGCAAAGGCUGAUGUUUUCAGCUACGGAAACCUGUUGUUUGAGAUCAUAUCAGGGAGGAGAAAUAGGGAUUUGUUAGAUGAUGGUGACUAUUUUCCAGCUCUUGUUGCAGAGAAAUUAAGCAAAGGGGAGGAUGUACUGAACAUGUUAGAUCAAAAACUAGAAGGUGAUGCAGACUCAAGUGAAGUGACCAGAGCUUGCAAAGUGGCUUGUUGGUGCAUUCAAGAUGAUGAAAAGAAUAGGCCAGCUAUGGGGCUUGUGCUUCAGAUUCUAGAGGGAAUUUCAGAAGUUGGGAUUCCACCGAUUCCUCGGUUUCUCCAAGGUUUUAUAGGGGAUAAUAAAUUUCAGACCAUAGUUUACCAGCAUCAGACAUUUGAUACAACUACAUACAAUAGUUAGUUCUAUGCAGGUUGAGAUUCUCUUGCAUAAAUUAAGCGAUGUAAUUGCAUCUCAGUUAUCUUCCUGUUAUAUAUUCAUCUUUAGAUUACAGGAACGACAAGAACUUUAAGUUGCAGUUUGCAUAAAUUUAUCCAAUAUAUAAAGGGGUGCAUACAA